GUCACUUCCGCUUCCUCCCCUGCAGAGCGGGUAAUUCGAACGUUUCCUGGGGCAGGCAGCCCUCGGGGUUGGUUGGUACCCGGGCCGGCCGUGCAGGAGGAGGUCGAGACCGGGACUAAUUAUGUCUGGGAGGCGAACGCGGUCCGGGGGUGCCGCUCAGCGCUCCGGGCUCAGAACCCCAUCUCCUUCUAAUUCUUUGCGGAGAUCCCAGCGGAAAUCAGGCUCUGAUCUCCCGAGCAUACUCCCUGAAAUCUGGCCGAAGGCACCCCAGGCGGCUCCAGUCAGAAAGCCCAUCGUCUUGAAGAAGAUUGUGGCCCAUGCUGUAGAGGUCCCAGCUGGCCAGUCGUCUCACAGGAGCCCAAGGAUUUCUUUUUUCUUGGAGAAAGAAAACAACCCUCCUAACAGGGAGCCUACUAAAGAGGACCUUUUCAAGAUCCAUAGUGUCCCAGGCACCCCAGCCACCACUCCUGUGCACAGCCUGAGUGCUGAGUCCAACUCUAGUGAAGGAAGCCUAGAUGCCAGGGAUGUGGAAAUGUCUAAGAAAGUCAGGCGAUCCUACAGUCGGCUAGAGACCCUGGCCUCUGCCUCUGCCUCCACCUCCACCCCGGGCCGUCGCUCCUGCUUUGGCUUUGAGAGGCUGCUAGGGGCAGAAGAUUUGUUGGGAGUCUCGCCUGUGGUAUAUUCAAAGUCAACCGAGCUCACCAGGGUCCCAGCGAAGCCUUGGGCCCCAGACACGACCCUUCCUGGAAUCUCGCCUCCAGUAGUGAAACAGAAACGAAAGAAGAAGGUGCCCGAGAUCCUGAAAUCAGAGCUGGAUGAGUGGGCCGCGGCCAUGAAUGCCGAGUUUGAAGCUGCUGAGCAGUUUGAUCUCCUGGUUGAAUGAGAUGCGGUGGGGUGCACCUGGCCAGACUCCUCUCUCCUUGUAUAUAGCCCUCCCCCCCCAUGGAGAGCAUACUUGGAAUUCCCCUCCUCCAGCCUUGUUACCUGUGCGUGUGCCGUUGCUGCAUGUGAGGCCUGGCCACCUCUGAGGGUUUGUGCAGCGCUGGCAGCCAUCUCUAUUUGAGGAAACGGGGCCGCCGGGCCACUCACUGGUGUCCUGUCUCUAGUCAUCCUCUCCUUCCUACCUCCCCAAGGUAGUGCAGCCAGUUUCCAGUUGGGCCACAGACUGGGGAGAAGAACCACUGGCCCAGCCAGAAUAGGUUAAAAAGAUGAGGAAUGGAGGUGAGAGGGCACCUCUGCCUCGGGAAGGGUGGCUGCUCUGAGACAGCCCCAACAGAAACAGGCCCCGGGGCAGAGGCAGCCUCAGGCUCUCCCUCCUGAGUUGCCUUCUGUUGGUGUUGGGUCCCAGCCACCAGCCCAUCCAUGUAAAGAGGCUUUGGGUUCUGUGGGUUUCCUUAUAGAUUCUGUAGAUGGUCCAGGAGAACAUUCAUGGGCUGGGGACGGUUCCAUGUUUGAGGAAGAAGCUGCGCAUUCAACCUGUAAAAUCUAAGUUUUGAAGGAGGGAGGGAAGCCUUAGUUGGGUCUCAGGCUACAAGUGUUUACUACAUAGAAGCUGUGUUAUAGUUCUGUGUUCUGUUGGGAUGUUUGGUAAAUGCCAGGCUAAUGGAGCUCGGGCUGCUUGAUGCAAAAAGGGUACAUUUCAGGAUGGGCCACCAAGUGCUGUGGGCUCCUGAGGUUCACGCUUCUGGGGUGGCCACCUGCACAGGGCCCAGCCACUCUGGCGGCUUGCCACUCUGCUACAGGGGCAGAAGGUACCCCAUCUUGUCACUCACACCCAUUUCUUACAAAAUAAGGUACACAGAGUCUACUAGGCCCUAGAGGAAAAAAUUAUGAGUUGAAGGGUCCUAGUCCUACUUGCAUUUUAAAACUACACUUGUAAAGUUCUAAGAAGCUUUUCUCACAUACUAGAAAGCAGCAGGAAUUGAUAGCAAUUUUAAUAUUUGGUCUCCUUAUUGUGCUCGCACUCUGAGAACACUGCUUGAGGGAGGUGCUAGGAGUUGAAGGGUGAGAGAUGCAUCCCAUUGCCUAUGGGGAAUUUUCUCCACCUUUUCCUGCUCUCAAUACUGGUAAAAGGUGUGGUUUCAAAGGCUGCCCUGCCCCCCACAAUCCCAUCAUACUCCAGGCUGUUGCACCUUUGGAUGUCAAGUUCAUGGAGACAGACUCAGAGGAGUGCCGAGGAGCUGGGGGAAAAACUGAGCGCCGGGUCAAGGCACUGGGAUGAAAUGGUGCAGGCCUGGUGGGCUCUCAUGAAACCUGCAAAGCUAUCUGCUCGAUGCUUCGUGCUUUAUCAGACCCUGCAAGGAAGCUGCCUUGCCAGGGUACACCCAGAUGUCCUUGAGCUGGACCACACCUGAACUCUUACCCUCACUUGCUGGCAGGGCGGAACUCUGAAAUGUGUCAGUCCUACGGAAUCAGAACUAGCCAGAUGAUGCUAAGUUGAUAUCACCACAGCAAACUGUUCUCUCCCUGGGGAACUAAGAAUGUGCAGUUUAAGGAAAAAUUAGGAUUUCAUUUAAAAUUUUUUUUUAAAAUCCUGAUUAAAGAGUUUCUGCCUAUUUAUAGACUGUGUUUCUUUUAUUGGACCAAAGGCAGAGCUGAGGGUAUGAGGCCCAACAUGCCAAGCCUUCUUUGUGCUGUCACCAGGGUUGUCCCUUUGUCCAGGGGCUGCCAGCCUGGCCUCAUUCUAGUUGCCCUGUGGUAGAUCACUGCCCCCACAACAUCUAUUUCUGUCCAGUCACCCAUCUGCUCCCUCCAAGGCAGGGCUGCCUGAAGUGGAAGCCUCGAGGUGAGGCUAUUGAGAGUUCCCCCAGUGCCCAGGGCAGAUGCCUGGACACCAAACGCCUUCCCAAGUCCGGCCCUUCUUCCCACUUCCCUUUCAGGCUCCUUUGAGCCCAGACUGGAUGCUGUACAAUGGUGGCUGCUACAGGACCCCCUGAGGAGCUUGCCAGAGAUGCUUAUUUCUGGAAAUUCUUCCACUUGGUCUGAGGUGAAGCCUAGGAACAUGCAUGCAGGGGGCAUAAACCAGCCUCUUUCCAUCUCAUCCUUGCCUCCUAGUCUGAACAAGUCAAGGCCAUUAAAUUCUCCCCAGACCUAUCCACUUUCACCCCCAUCCCCACCAGAGGAGAUGGGCCCUUCUCAAAGCCAACUUUUUCACUGGCUUUUGAUCAAAUCUCUCAUAUCUGAGACCUUGCUCCCCUUUUUCCUCCAAGUCCUAAAUGCUUUAUGUUCAUUUUAUCAUUGAAAACAAUCAAAAGUUUUGACCAGCAUAUGUUGUUAGCUACUACCAUUGCUCUCUUCUUUUAAGGUUAAGCUCCUUGAAAGAACAUUCUCAAGUUGCCAUUUGCUCCCUUUUAAUUUAUUCCUGGUGCCCUUAUCAUUCCAUUGACUGCUCCACAGAGGUAACCAUUGAUCUCUUAAUGCCCAGUGCACCAGACUCAGGCCUCAGCUGCCUGGGCUGGGGCCACCCUCCUUGGGGCUCUGACACUGCUGGCUCCUUUUUCUUGGCUUCCCCUGAAAUGUCAUGACACCCGAGUUCAGUGCUGGACCCUCCUUCCAAUCUGCUUGCAUUUGCUGAUGACCUCAGGCUCACUGGGCUGCUUUCUUGCUCAAGACUUGUCAGUCUUUACUUACAACCCAAAACUCUGCCCUGAGCUACAAAUCAGUACCUAAAACUGCCUUGGAGAACUGUAUCUCAACUCAAAAGUCAUCUCAAACUACUAUCCAACAGCUUGCCUGCUCCUGUGCUCUCUAUGCCAUUAGUGUCACCGCCAGCUGACCCAGUCACACAAGCCAGGAACCUAGGGUCAGCUGCAGCUCUGUCCUCCUUCACCUACCCUAUUUGGCCAGCCCCAACCUGCUUAGCACCCCUCCACCCACACAGCCACUGGACCAGUGCACUAGCCUCCUAGUGGAUCUUCCUUUUAUCUGCUCAUGUCUCCAAACUAUCCAUACUGCAGCCAGGAUGAAUUUCUUAAGACACAAAAUAUGAUCCUGUUUCUCCCUUCCUUAAAAUCUUUU